GGCCACCCAUCCACCAGCUUUCCUUAGCUCCAGUCUCUAGGCUCGCGCCAGACUCAGUUCCUGCUAGGGUUGGAUUGGACUUCAUUGGACAACUCGUAGCCUAGUUCCUGCUAAGGUUUUCUGUAGCAGCCACAGUGUGCCAACUUCCUGCAUUUCGGCGAGAUCGUGGCCGCAUUCCGCGUUGUUCACGACUGGAUGACGCCUGUGGUGAUAGGUUACGGUUUUCGUGACUAAAUCUGCUCAUGCCUCCACGCUACGUGGCGAUGGUUUCUGACUAAGCGUGGGCUUUUAGCUAAGAGCCGGUGGAAAUGGAGCGGGGUCCCGCCCCGCAGCGUCGGGCGCGGGAGGGCUCCACACGAACGGUCCCGUUAAAAGACGCAUCCGACGAUCGCCCGGUCGUUCGCAAAAAAGCGCCGGGCGAUCGCACAACGGUAACGAAGCUUCGCGGCGAUGGCCCGAGCAAGGGCGGCCAGGAGAAGCAGUUCAGUCGCAUCAACUCCAUGAUCCACCGUCCAUCGCAGUCUAAGAUGAACGACGACGAUGACAUGGAGCCCGCCGCCGCCCCGCGGUUCAACCGAACGCUCUCCAUGGUCGGCAAGACCCCGGGAAAGCAGCAAAAUGUCCGUGCCGCGCAGCCACGUCAGCAGAGAGCGCCGCCGCAACAGGCGCAUCCCGACGAUGACGAGGAUCCGACCGAAUCGGAUCUCGGGCGGUCGAUGACGAUGGGGAGUAAGCCGCGGGGGAGACCCGCGGCGGGUUUUCCGCAGCAAGGGGGGGAGAGGGGGGGAAUGGGCGGGGGAGGGGGAGGCGGAGGCGGAGGCGGAGGCGGAGGGGGGGGAGAUGGAAGCGGGGAGGAGCAGCUGGGGCGGUCGCUGACGCAAGUUGAUGCGCGGAGACGAGCAGGCGGCGGACGCGGGGGAGGCGCGGGCAGAAGCGGAAGCCCCGCGCAGGGCGGAUUGCGCAAGUCCGCUGCGCCAGGAGGAGGCGCAAGCCGGUCGCGGUCCCCCAUGGGCGCGGGCGCGGACGAUUCGAUGAGCAUGCAGGGAAUGCAGCAGGCCCUGCCGCAACAGCCGCUGCUGAAGUCCGCGCUCAAGCGCAGCAGCGCCGCGCAAACGCCCUCGGGCUACGGCGCCGGCGGCGGGUUCGGCGGCGACGAUGGCGGCGGCGGCUAUGGCGGUGGACAGAUGAUGGGCGGAGCGGGAGGGGGAAGGGGGAGUCGAGCGGGGAGCGCAGCCCAGACGCCGCAAGGGGGGUACGAUCGGUCGGGGAGCCCGUUCCGCGCAGGCGGAGGGCAGUACCCGGGGGGGGAUGGUAAUAUGUACUCCCCCCAAGGCGGAAGGGGGUACGGCGGGGGGGAAGGCGAGGGGUAUCAAGACGGGAUGUACGGCCAGGAUCAGCCGCAGCAUUACGGGCAGGAUCAGCAGUUCCAGCCCACGCCACGUCAGCAGCAGCAGCAGUGGUCGGGCGGGCAGGGGGGCGCCAAUGCUGGGCGGAUGAUGGGGGGAGGGGGAAGCGGGGCGGGGCGGAAAAUGGGGGGAGGGGGGCAGCAGCAGCAGCAGCAGAUGAUGCAGCAGCAGGGGGGGCAGCAGGGAGGGGAGGACGAGUACUAUGGGGCGGGCGCGGGGAACAUGUCGGAUGCGUCGGAUACCAACUUCACGCGGCGGCUGCAGCACAUGCAGGCGCAGCAGCAGCAGGACGAGGCGGCGGCGCUGCCCAUGCUGCCGCCACCGAGCGCGCCUCAAGUGGUGCAGUGUCAGCGCUGCUCCCAGCUCCUAGAAGUCCCUCUGCAGUUACCGCCCGCCAAGAAAGGCGUUCAGAAGCUGCGCUGCGGCAAGUGCCUCCGGGUCUCGCGCUUCCAGGUCAACCCGGCCGACCCCCGCUUCGCCAACCAGCUGCCGCCAAGUCAGCAGCCGCCGCCGCCAGCUCAGCACCCUGGCCAGCAGCUGCAGGGCGGUGGGGGGAGCGGGCGCUUCCCCUCCCCCUCUCCCCUGCAGCCGCAGCAGCGGGGGGUGGGCGGGACUGGAUAUGACAGUGAUGGCAAUGCUAGCAUGAGCGGGGGGGGAGGCGGGGGAGGCGCAGGGGGAGGGGGAGGGUUCCGCCCAGGUAUGGGGCCAGGCGGAGGGGGAGCCCCCCCCGCCCCCCACCACAUGCGCUCACUUUCUAGGGAGUCUGAUGAUAGUCAUUAUGGGGGAGGGGAAGGAGGGGAGAUGGCUACCCCGUCUUAUGGCCACAACCAGCAGCAGCAGGGGAUGGGCGGAAACAUGGGGGGAAACAUGGGCGGAGGCAUGGGGGGGAACAUGGGCGGGGGGAUGGGCGGAGGGAUGGGCGGAGGCAUGGGGGAGGAGGAUGGGAUGACGUACAGCCGGCAGGUGGUGGUGAAUGGGCAGGCGCUGCCGGACGAAUACGUGGCGAUUGCAGAGCAGAGGGCGGGGCCUAUCCACCCGGGCAACUACUGGUAUGAUGACGUGGCAGGCUUCUGGGGUGAGCUGGGUGGGCCAUGCCUCGGCAUCAUCCCGCCUGGCAUCGACUUCGGGGUGCCCAUGCCGCAGUCAUGUGCCGGGGGCUCCACCCGCGUGUACGUGAACGGCAGGGAGCUGCACCACAGGGACCUGGAGCGGCUGAUGAAGAGAGGGUUACCGGGUACACCGGACUGCGGUUACCGCAUCGAGAUCACGGGCAACGUGUUUGACGAGGAGACUGGGGAGUACCUGCUAUGCCUGGGGAAACUCGCCCCCUCGCUUGAGAGCAGGAAGAGGGGUGGCGGCAUGAAGAUGCCAGAGAGAAGCUGAAAAUGCGGAAGAAAUGCCUUGGUUUGUGUAUUGGUAUAUGUGCCAAAAGUUGGGACCUGGUAUUUCGAUAGCGUUGAAGGAUUUCUUGUGGCAUGCUGUGCUGCUAGGGAGGGUUUGUGGAGCAGGAUAAGGUGUACGUAGGGAUUUCCAAAUUUACUGUACGCAUGCAGGUGAAAUCAUGUUUGGCAAUGAAAGGUUGUAUGGUUU